AUGAAGUUUACUGUCCUCAUUGCAGCUGCUCUGGCUGCUGCGCCUAUCCCAGAGGCUGCUGCUCACCCUGGCAUGGGAGAGACCAUCAAGGAGAUCGAACGAAUUGCUGCUCGUAGCUGGGGCAGCGGAUGGGGUGGAAACAAGUGGCCAGGACAAGGCAACGGCGGCGGUUCGAGCUCGUGGCCUGGUCAGAGUAACGGCAAUGGAGGCGGUUCCAGUUCUUGGCCUGGACAGACCAACAGUGGCGGUUCAAGCUCUUGGCCAGGACAGAGCAGUGGAAACGGAGGAGGAUCUAGCUCAUGGCCCGGCCAGAGCAACGGAGGUAGUGGCAGCGGCAGCAACAGCGGCAGUGGCUGGUCCGGAGACAGCUUUGAUGCCCACUCCCUCAUCGGCGACCUUGCCACCCUCAGCGACAAGUCCCUCACUUCAGUCGGCAGUGACAUCAAGAAGAUCCUUCAAGGCAACGGCAACCCCACCAGCCGCGAGCGCUACUUCGGCUGCCCUUCCAUGAACUCUCAACGUUGCAAGCGUGAUACCUGCUGUGUCUGGCAGUACAUUUCCAACGAGCUGGAGGACAAGUUCAGGGGCGAGGCUGGCCGCUGCACAAGAUGGGCUCGAUAUGCUGUCCGCAUCGGCUUUCACGAUGCCGGCACCUGGUCUCUCAAGACCGCUUCCCAAGGCGGCGGUGCUGAUGGCUCCAUCAUUCUCUCGAACGAGCUCACUCGUGGCGAGAACAUGGGUCUUCAGCAGAUUGGCGAGUACUACCAGACCAUCUACGACAAGUACCACACACAGUAUGGCUUCACCCAGGUCACCAUGGCUGAUCUGAUCCAAAUGGGCUCCAAUAUUGCUGCCGUUACCUGCCCUCUCGGUCCCCGUGUCCGCUCUUUCGUUGGACGCAAGGAUAGCACCAAGGCCAACCCCGGCGGUCUCCUGCCUAGCGUUAAAUCUGAUGCUCUCACUCUGAUCAACCUCUUCAAGGACAAGACAAUUGGCCCCGAUGACCUUGUUGCCCUGAUCGGUGCGCACACAACCUCUCAGCAGCAUCACACCAACAUUGAUCGUGAUGGCGACCCUCAGGACAGUACUCCUGGUGUCUGGGAUAUCCUCUUCUACCAGCAAACCAUUGAUCAGGACGCACCCAAGCGUGUCUACAAGUUCCCCAGUGAUGUGGCCCUCGCCAACCAUCCUCUUACCCAGCCUGCCUUUGAGGCCUUUGCCAGCGGCAGCACUGGCCAAGCUGCCUGGAAUGUGGACUAUGCACGCGCCUAUGUCCGUCUCAGUCUCUUGGGUGUCAACAAUAUCAACAGCCUCACCGAGUGCACAAAGGUUCUUCCUCAACCCGUCGAGUCCUACCGCCACAAGGACAAGGGCCGAUUCAACAAGUGGCUCCAGACCGACGAUAACUCGUGGACCUCCAAGAGCGUCUCCAAGGAUGUCGACGAUGGUUACGAGAUCUCUGUCCCUGAGAACAAGAUUCCCUCCAGGCGUGGUCCCUGGAAGACAUGGACCAGCACGUUCAAGUGGUGGUAA